AUGACUGUUGGUCAGCCAACUCCAUCAGUAGCUCCCUUUAGCGCCGUUAGUGAAAAAUCUCCUCUAAAGGAAGCAGACAAACCGAAGCCAAUUAACGCUAAGGAUGACAAAGCCCCUACUAAACUGGACGACAAACCAAAGUCUCUUCUUGAUUCAGUAAAACCUUUUCAACAAGAAUAUUCGGACGAUGAAAGCGAUGAAGUGUUUGGAAUUCCCAAGCCCCAAGACAUGACUGUUGGUCAGCCAAUUCCAUCAGUAGCUCCAUUUAGCGCUGUUAGUAAAAAAUCUCCUCUAAAGGAAGCAGACAAACCGAAGCCAAUUGACAUUAAAGAUGACAAAGGCCCAACCACACUAGCCGAUAAGUCAAAGUCACCUCUUGGAUCAGAAAAACCUAUUCAACAAGAAUACUCGGACGAUGAAAGCGAUGAAGAGUUUGGAAUUCCCAAGCCCCAAGACAUGACUGUUGGUCAGCCAACUCCAUCAGUAGCUCCCUUUAGCGCCGUUAGUGAAAAAUCUCCUCUAAAGGAAGCAGACAAACCGAAGCCAAUUAACGCUAAGGAUGGCAAAGCCCCUACUAAACUGGACGACAAACCAAAGUCUCCUCUUGUAUCAGUAAAACCUAUUCAACAAGAAUACUCCGACGAUAAAACCGAUGAAGAGUUUCGAAUUCCCAAGCCCCAAGACAAGACUUUUGGUCAGCCAACUCCAUCCGCAACUCCUGUUAGCGCCGUUAGUGAAAAAUCUCCUCUAAAAGAAGCAGACAAACCGAAGCCAAUUGACAUUAAAGAUGACAAAGCCCCAACCACACUAGCCGAUAAGUCAAAGUCACCUCUUGGAUCAGAAAAACCUAUUCAACAAGAAUACUCGGACGAUGAAAGCGAUGAAGAGUUUGGAAUUCCCAAGCCCCAAGACAUGACUGUUGGUCAGCCAACUCCAUCCACAGCUCCCUUUAGCGCCGUUAGUGAAAAAUCUCCUCUAAAGGAAGCAGACAAACCGAAGCCAAUUGACGCUAAGUAUGACAAAGCCCCUACUAAACUGGACGACAAACCAAAGUCUCCUCUUGAUUUAGUAAAACCUAUUCAACAAGAAUAUUCGGACGAUGAAAGCGAUGAAGAGUUUGGAAUUCCCAAGCCCCAAGACAAGACUGUUGGUCAGCCAACUCCUUCAGUAGCUCCCUUUAGCGGCGUUGAUGAUAAAUCUCUUCUGAAAGAAGAACUUAAGCCUACUGUUUCAAUUUCAAAAGUAGAAGAAAGCUCAACAACACUUCACUCCGUGAGCACUAUUUUCAAACCAGUUGGUAUAAUUAAGGCAUCAGAUCCUUUCUCAAGUUUCCAAGGUGACCAUAUUGGGGAUAAAUCUCCUCUUAAAGAAGAUGACAAACCGAAGCCCAUUGACGAUAAGGAUGACAAAGCCCCUACUAAACAAGACGAUAAAUCAAAGUCACCUCUUGUAUCAGUAAAACCUUUUCAACAAGAAUAUUCGGACGAUGAAAGCGAUGAAGAGUUUGGAAUUCUCAAGCCCCAAGACAUGACUGUUGGUCAGCCAACUCCAUCAGUAGCUCCCUUUAGCGCCGUUAGUGAAAAAUCUCCUCUAAAGGAAGCAGACAAACCGAAGCCAAAUGACGCUAAGUAUGACAAAGCCCCUACUAAACUGGACGACAAACCAAAGUCUACUCUUGAUUCAGUAAAACCUAUUCAACAAGAAUAUUCGGACGAUGAAAGCGAUGAAGAGUUUGGAAUUCCCAAGCCCCAAGACAAGACUGUUGGUCAGCCAACUCCUUCAGUAGCUCCUUUUAGCGGCGUUGAUGAUAAAUCUCUUCUGAAAGAAGAACUUAAGCCUACUGUUUCAAUUUCAAAAGUAGAUGAAAGCUCAACAACACUUCACUCCGAAAGCACUAUUUUCAAAUCAGUUGGUAUAAUUAAGCCAUCAGAUCCUGUCUCAAGUUUCCAAGGUGACAAAAUUGGGGAUAAAUCUCCUCUGAAAGAAGAUGACAAACCGAUGCCCAUUGACGAUAAGGAUGUCAAAGCCCCUAUUAAACUGGACGACAAACCAAAGUCUCAUCUUGGAUCA